GCAGAUCUAGUGGUGAUGUAUAAAUUGCAGCCCUGUCUUUUUUUCGAAGGAUUCUAAAAUAGGUUUUCAGAAUUAGUGCUGGAUUUUUGCUCCUGCAUGUGUGGUGACUCUUGAUUUUUUCCCUUCAGAGCAGCAUCCUAUGCAGCAUUCCCCCUUCCGAGGAAUCACUUAGACACUUCCAGCUGGUGGCAGGGGAUACAGCCAUAAUACAGCUUCCUCUGUCCCAGCUGUCUUUUUUCACUACGGUAAAUGCAUUACGAUGGCUGCACUCUUGUGUAAAGGCUCAGGUAGAGGAAGGUGUAGGAUGAAGUCUGGAAACCGUUGUUUGGGUUUUUAAAAGCUUCAGCUUCUCCAGCAUCUUUGCAUUUUGAAUGACUUCCUGCUUCUAGUCAAAGGUUUCUCUCCUGUGAUUGGAAUGCUGCUGUAAGCCUGAUUAAAGGUGCCUGAGGAUAUCACCUUGUAAAGGAAGCCCUGCGUGCUUGAGAGGAUCUAUUUCAAUGCAUUAUGGCUCAUGCAGCCUCGCAAUUAAAGAAAAACAGGGAUAUAGAAAUCAAUGUUGAAGACGAGGCUGAGAAAAAAAGGAAACACCGCAAACGGUCCCGGGAUCGGAAGAAAAAGUCUGAUGCCAACGCAAGUUACUUAAGAGCAGCUCGAGCUGGACACUUAGAAAAGGCCCUUGAUUACAUAAAAAAUGGAGUUGACAUCAACAUUUGCAAUCAGAAUGGAUUGAAUGCCCUCCAUCUUGCUUCCAAAGAAGGUCACGUAGAAGUGGUUUCUGAACUGCUACAGAGAGAAGCCAAUGUAGAUGCAGCUACAAAGAAAGGAAAUACAGCAUUGCACAUAGCAUCUUUGGCCGGGCAGGCAGAGGUGGUAAAGGUCUUGGUGACAAAUGGCGCCAAUGUUAAUGCACAAUCUCAGAAUGGUUUCACACCAUUGUAUAUGGCAGCCCAAGAAAACCACCUGGAGGUUGUGAAGUUCCUUCUUGACAAUGGUGCCAGUCAAAGCCUUGCCACGGAGGAUGGCUUCACACCAUUGGCGGUAGCUUUGCAACAAGGUCAUGAUCAAGUAGUUUCACUCCUGCUAGAAAAUGACACUAAAGGAAAAGUGCGUCUCCCAGCUCUUCACAUCGCUGCCCGAAAAGACGACACGAAAGCUGCUGCCCUGCUCCUGCAGAACGACAACAAUGCAGAUGUGGAGUCCAAGAGUGGCUUCACUCCGCUCCACAUAGCAGCUCACUAUGGAAAUAUCAAUGUGGCCACGUUGCUGUUAAACCGAGCGGCUGCUGUGGACUUCACUGCACGGAAUGACAUCACUCCUUUACAUGUUGCAUCAAAAAGAGGAAAUGCCAAUAUGGUUAAACUAUUGCUUGACCGAGGAGCUAAAAUUGAUGCCAAAACAAGGGAUGGUUUGACGCCGCUGCACUGUGGGGCAAGGAGUGGCCAUGAGCAGGUGGUGGAGAUGCUGCUUGAUCGAGCUGCCCCCAUUCUUUCAAAAACCAAGAAUGGACUGUCUCCUCUGCACAUGGCCACACAAGGGGACCAUUUAAAUUGCGUCCAACUUCUCCUCCAGCAUAACGUGCCGGUGGAUGAUGUCACCAAUGACUACCUGACUGCCCUGCACGUGGCUGCCCACUGUGGCCACUACAAAGUUGCCAAGGUUCUCUUGGACAAGAAAGCUAAUCCCAAUGCCAAAGCUCUGAAUGGCUUUACCCCUCUUCACAUUGCCUGCAAGAAGAAUCGAAUUAAAGUAAUGGAACUCCUUCUGAAACACGGUGCAUCCAUCCAAGCUGUAACCGAGUCGGGCCUUACCCCAAUCCAUGUUGCGGCCUUCAUGGGGCAUGUAAAUAUUGUAUCACAACUAAUGCAUCAUGGAGCCUCACCAAACACUACUAAUGUGAGAGGAGAAACAGCGUUGCACAUGGCUGCUCGAUCCGGCCAAGCUGAGGUCGUGCGGUACCUGGUACAGGACGGAGCUCAGGUGGAAGCCAAAGCUAAGGAUGACCAAACCCCACUCCACAUUUCUGCCCGAUUGGGGAAGGCGGAUAUAGUACAACAGCUGUUGCAGCAAGGAGCAUCUCCAAAUUCAGCCACGACUUCUGGGUAUACCCCGCUCCACCUUUCGGCCCGAGAGGGCCAUGAAGAUGUAGCUGCAUUCCUUCUGGAUCAUGGCGCAUCUUUAUCUAUAACAACAAAGAAAGGAUUUACACCUCUUCAUGUGGCAGCAAAAUAUGGGAAGCUUGAAGUAGCCAAUCUCCUAUUACAGAAAAGUGCAUCUCCAGAUGCUUCUGGGAAGAGCGGACUAACUCCACUGCAUGUAGCUGCUCAUUACGAUAAUCAGAAAGUGGCCCUUCUGCUUUUGGACCAAGGAGCCUCACCUCAUGCGGCCGCAAAGAAUGGUUAUACGCCACUGCACAUUGCUGCCAAAAAGAACCAGAUGGAUAUAGCGACAACUCUGCUGGAAUAUGGUGCUGAUGCAAAUGCAGUUACCCGGCAAGGAAUUGCUUCUGUCCAUCUCGCAGCUCAGGAAGGACAUGUGGACAUGGUGUCACUGCUCCUCAGCAGAAAUGCAAAUGUGAACUUGAGUAAUAAGAGUGGCCUGACCCCACUCCAUUUGGCUGCUCAAGAAGACAGAGUGAAUGUGGCCGAGGUCCUCGUAAACCAAGGGGCCCAUGUGGAUGCCCAGACAAAGAUGGGAUACACACCACUCCAUGUGGGCUGCCAUUAUGGAAACAUCAAGAUAGUUAAUUUCCUGCUUCAGCACUCUGCAAAAGUCAAUGCCAAAACAAAGAAUGGGUACACGCCACUACAUCAAGCAGCUCAACAGGGACAUACGCACAUCAUCAAUGUCUUGCUCCAGAACAACGCCUCCCCCAAUGAGCUCACUGUGAAUGGGAACACUGCCCUAGCCAUUGCCCGGCGACUUGGCUACAUCUCAGUGGUUGACACCCUAAAGGUUGUGACUGAAGAGAUCAUGACUACGACAACUAUCACAGAGAAGCACAAAAUGAAUGUUCCAGAAACAAUGAAUGAAGUUCUUGAUAUGUCUGAUGAUGAAGUUCGUAAAGCCAAUGCCCCUGAAAUGCUCAGUGAUGGCGAAUAUAUCUCAGAUGUUGAAGAAGGUGAAGAUGCAAUGACAGGGGACACUGACAAAUAUCUCGGGCCACAGGACCUUAAAGAACUGGGCGAUGAUUCUCUGCCUGCAGAGGGCUACAUGGGCUUUAGUCUGGGGGCCCGUUCUGCCAGCCUUCGCUCCUUCAGUUCGGAUAGGUCUUACACUUUGAACAGAAGCUCCUAUGCGCGGGACAGCAUGAUGAUCGAAGAACUCCUCGUGCCAUCCAAAGAGCAGCAUCUAACAUUUACAAGAGAAUUUGAUUCAGAUUCUCUUAGACAUUACAGCUGGGCUGCAGAUACCCUGGACAAUGUCAAUCUUGUCUCAAGUCCUGUUCAUUCUGGGUUUCUGGUUAGCUUUAUGGUGGACGCAAGAGGCGGCUCCAUGAGAGGAAGCCGUCACCACGGGAUGAGAAUCAUCAUUCCUCCGCGCAAGUGUACAGCUCCCACCCGAAUCACCUGCCGUUUGGUAAAGAGACAUAAACUGGCCAACCCACCCCCCAUGGUGGAAGGAGAGGGAUUAGCCAGUAGGCUGGUAGAAAUGGGUCCUGCAGGGGCACAAUUUUUAGGCCCUGUCAUAGUGGAAAUCCCUCACUUUGGGUCUAUGAGAGGAAAAGAGAGAGAACUUAUUGUUCUUCGAAGUGAAAAUGGUGAAACGUGGAAAGAGCAUCAAUUUGACAGUAAAAAUGAAGAUUUGACUGAAUUACUUAAUGGCAUGGAUGAAGAACUUGACAGCCCAGAGGAAUUAGGGAAGAAGCGGAUCUGCAGGAUCAUCACAAAAGAUUUCCCCCAGUACUUUGCAGUGGUUUCACGGAUUAAGCAGGAAAGCAACCAGAUAGGUCCUGAAGGUGGAAUUCUGAGCAGCACCACUGUGCCCCUUGUCCAAGCUUCUUUCCCAGAGGGUGCUUUAACCAAAAGAAUUCGAGUAGGCUUGCAGGCACAGCCUGUUCCAGAUGAAAUUGUGAAAAAGAUCCUUGGAAACAAAGCAACAUUUAGCCCAAUUGUCACGGUGGAACCAAGAAGAAGAAAAUUCCAUAAACCCAUCACAAUGACCAUUCCUGUACCCCCACCCUCAGGAGAAGGGGUAUCCAAUGGAUACAAGGGGGACACCACACCUAACCUGCGCCUCCUCUGUAGCAUUACAGGGGGCACCUCGCCUGCUCAGUGGGAAGACAUCACAGGAACAACUCCUUUGACAUUUAUAAAGGAUUGUGUCUCUUUUACAACCAAUGUUUCGGCCAGAUUUUGGCUUGCAGACUGCCAUCAAGUUUUAGAAACUGUGGGGUUAGCCACACAACUUUACAGAGAAUUAAUAUGUGUUCCAUACAUGGCCAAGUUUGUGGUUUUUGCCAAAAUGAAUGACCCUGUAGAAUCCUCCCUGCGAUGUUUCUGCAUGACAGAUGACAAAGUGGACAAAACUUUAGAGCAGCAAGAGAAUUUUGAGGAGGUUGCUAGAAGCAAAGAUAUUGAGGUUCUGGAAGGAAAACCUAUUUAUGUUGAUUGUUAUGGAAAUCUGGCUCCGCUUACCAAAGGAGGACAGCAACUUGUUUUUAAUUUUUAUGCUUUCAAAGAAAAUAGACUGCCAUUUUCCAUCAAGAUUAGAGACACCAGCCAAGAGCCCUGUGGUCGUCUGUCUUUUCUGAAAGAACCAAAGACAACAAAAGGACUGCCUCAAACAGCUGUUUGCAACUUAAAUAUCACUCUGCCAGCACAUAAAAAGACCGAGAAAGCAGAUAGACGGCAAAGCUUUGCAUCUUUAGCUUUACGUAAGCGCUACAGCUACUUGACUGAACCUGGAAUGAUUGAACGGAGUGCAGGAGCAACAAGAUCCCUUCCCACCACUUACUCAUACAAGCCAUUCUUUUCUACAAGACCAUACCAGUCCUGGACAACAGCUCCGAUUACAGUGCCCGGGCCAGCCAAGUCAGGCUUCACUUCCUUAUCAAGUUCUUCCUCUAAUACGCCAUCAGCUUCUCCGUUAAAAUCAAUAUGGUCUGUUUCGACUCCUUCUCCAAUCAAAUCCACUUUAGGCGCGUCAACUACAUCUUCAGUUAAAUCCAUUAGUGAUGUGGCAUCUCCAAUUAGAUCCUUUCGGACAAUUUCUUCGCCAAUAAAAACAGUGGUGUCACAAUCUCCAUACAAUAUCCAAGUUUCCUCUGGUACCCUGGUUAGAGCUCCCACAGUCACGGAGGCCUCGCCUUUAAAAGGGCUGGCGUCCAAUUCCACGUUUUCCUCUCGAACCUCUCCAGUGACUACAGCAGGGUCUCUUUUGGAGAGGUCGUCAAUUACUAUGACACCCCCUGCAUCCCCCAAAUCAAACAUUAAUAUGUAUUCCUCAAGUUUGCCAUUUAAGUCAAUUAUUACAUCAGCAACACCACUAAUAUCUUCGCCUUUAAAGUCAGUGAUGUCUCCAGCUAAAUCAGCUGUUGAUGUCAUCUCGUCGGCUAAAGUUACAAUGGCCUCUUCUCUCUCAUCACCUGUGAAACAGAUGCCUGGACAUGCAGAGGUCCCGUUAGUCAACGGAUCUAUUUCUCCUCUGAAAUAUCCAUCUUCUUCAACUUUAAUUAAUGGAUGCAAAGCCACUGCCACGUUACAGGAAAAAAUUUCUACAGCUACAAACUCUGUGAGCUCUGUGGUCGGUGCAGCCACUGACACAGUUGAGAAAGUGUUUUCUACCACGACAGCAAUGCCAUUUUCCCCACUCAGGUCAUAUGUUUCUUCUCCAGCACCAUCAGCUUUUCAGUCUCUAAGAACUCCUUCCGCAAGUGCACUCUAUACAUCCCUUGGGUCGUCAAUAUCUGCAACUACCUCAUCUGUAACUUCAUCAAUAAUAACAGUGCCAGUAUACUCUGUUGUCAAUGUUUUGCCAGAACCAGCAUUAAAGAAACUUCCAGACUCUAAUUCACUUACAAAAUCAGCAGCAGCCUUGCUGUCCCCCAUUAAAACAUUGACUACGGAGACACGUGCUCAGCCCCAUUUCAAUCGAACUUCAUCUCCAGUUAAGUCAUCCUUGUUCCUCGCACCCUCUGCCCUUAAGUUGUCUACACCCUCUUCUUUAUCUUCCAGUCAGGAGAUAUUAAAAGAUGUGGCUGAAAUGAAAGAAGACCUGAUGAGGAUGACUGCAAUACUGCAAACAGAUGUGUCUGAGGAGAAGCCAUUCCAACCUGAAGUCCCCAAAGAAGGGAGAAUUGACGAUGAAGAACCUUUCAAAAUUGUUGAGAAAGUGAAGGAAGACUUAGUGAAAGUUAGUGAAAUCCUUAAAAAAGAUGUGUGUGCAGAUAACAAAGGACCACCCAAAUCACCAAAGAGUGACAAGGGACACUCUCCUGAAGACGACUGGAUAGAAUUCAGUUCAGAAGAAAUUCGAGAAGCCAGACAACAGGCUGCGGCGAGCCAUCCUCCGUCCCUGCCAGAGAGAGUGCAAGUGAAAGCAAAGGCCGCCUCGGAAAAGGAUUAUAACUUGACCAAAGUUAUCGAUUACCUAACAAAUGAUAUUGGGAGUGGUUCACUGACAAACUUAAAGUACAAGUUUGAGGAUGCAAAGAAGGAUGGUGAAGAGAGACAGAAAAGAAUUCUAAAACCAGCCAUUGCUUUGCAGGAACACAAACUCAAAAUGCCCCCAGCCUCCAUGAGGCCGUCCACUUCUGAGAAGGAAUUAUGUAAAAUGGCCGAUUCCUUUUUUGGAACAGAUACUAUUUUAGAAUCUCCAGAUGACUUUUCUCAACAUGACCAAGAUAAAAGUCCCCUGUCUGAUAGUGGCUUUGAAACAAGAAGUGAAAAGACCCCUUCGGCCCCACAGAGCGCUGAAAGCACAGGUCCUAAACCACUUUUUCAUGAAGUUCCCAUCCCUCCUGUCAUUACAGAGACAAGAACUGAAGUGGUUCAUGUUAUCAGGAGCUAUGAGCCCUCGGCAGGAGAUGCUCCCCAGUCCCAACCGGAGGAGCCCGUGUCCCCCAAACCCUCACCUACGUUUAUGGAAUUGGAGCCAACGCCCACCACUUCUAGUAUUAAAGAAAAAGUUAAAGCGUUUCAAAUGAAAGCCAGUAGUGAAGAAGAUGACCACAGUCGCGUUCUGAGCAAAGGCAUGCGUGUCAAAGAAGAGACUCACAUAACCACGACCACCAGAAUGGUUUAUCACUCUCCACCAGGCAGUGAAGGGGCCUCUGAAAGAAUUGAAGAAACCAUGUCAGUCCACGACAUCAUGAAAGCCUUUCAGUCCGGGCGGGACCCCUCCAAAGAACUGGCAGGUCUGUUUGAACAUAAGUCGGCAGUGUCUCCAGAUGCUCACAAGUCUGCUGCUGAAACGUCAGCCCAGCAUGCAGAGAAGGACAACCAAAUGAAACCCAAACUGGAGCGUAUAAUAGAAGUCCACAUCGAAAAAGGUAACCAAGCUGAGCCCACUGAAGUCAUUAUUAGAGAAACCAAAAAGCAUCCAGAGAAGGAAAUGUAUGUAUAUCAGAAAGACUUAUCCCGGGGAGAUAUUAACCUAAAAGAUUUUCUGCCAGAAAAACACGAUGCUUUUCCUUGUUCAGAGGAACAGGGUCAGCAAGAAGAAGAAGAGCUUACUGCUGAAGAGUCACUGCCUUCUUAUCUGGAGUCUUCCAGAGUAAAUACUCCUGUGUCCCAAGAAGAAGAUAGUCGCCCUAGUUCUGCUCAACUCAUAUCUGAUGACUCUUAUAAAACAUUGAAGCUUUUGAGUCAACACUCAAUAGAAUACCAUGACGAUGAGUUGUCAGAACUAAGAGGGGAGUCUUACAGGUUUGCUGAGAAAAUGCUUCUGUCAGAAAAGCUAGAUGUGUCUCAUUCUGAUACAGAGGAAUCGGUUACAGACCAUGCAGGACCCCCUAGCUCAGAGUUACAGGGGUCUGAUAAGCGGUCCAGAGAAAAAGUAGUCACUGCCCCUAAAAAAGAAAUCCUCUCCAAAAUCUAUAAAGAUGUGUCUGAAAAUGGUGUAGGUAAAGUGUCUAAAGAUGAGCAUUUUGAUAAAGUGACAGUGUUGCACUACUCUGGCGAUGUUAGUAGUCCAAAACAUGCCAUGUGGAUGCGCUUUACUGAGGACAGAUUAGAGAGAGGUAGAGAGAAGUUGAUAUAUGAAGAUAGGGUGGACAGGACUGUGAAGGAAGCCGAAGAAAAACUGACUGAAGUGUCACAGUUUUUUCGUGACAAAACGGAAAAGUUAAACGAUGAACUGCAGUCCCCAGAGAAAAAGCCACACCCUAGAAAUGGCAAAGAGUACUCUUCGCAAAGCUCUACCAGUAGCAGCCCCGAGAAGGUAUUGCUGACGGAACUGUUGGCAUCCAAUGACGAGUGGGUUAAGGCAAGGCAGCACAGUCGUGACGGACAAGGCUUUCACAAAGCCGAGGACAGGAAAGCAUCCAGUCUGCCCAGCAGCCCAGAGAAGAGGGUUCUUUCCCAACACAAGGAGGACGGCAAGGCCACAGAGGAAGCCAAAGGAAGCACCUCGCAGAGCCAAGCCCCAGAAGGGCCGCAGUCUGGGUUUCAGCUCAAGCAGUCUAAACUCAGUUCCAUUAGAUUAAAAUUUGAACAAGGCGCACAGGGGAGAAGUAAGGACAUGUCUCAAGAAGACAAAAAGCCGGACGGCCAAUCCAGAAUUCCAGUUAAAAAGAUCCAGGAGAGCAAGCUACCUGUCUACCAAGUGUUUGCGAGAGAAAAACAUCAGAAGGAUGUAGACCUCGCAGAUGAAAGUGUAUCUGUGCAAAGAGAUAUUACAGUAUUAAAAGCGAAAGAUGAGCAUGGCCAAAGCAGCGAGGUGGUUGUAAAUGAUUCCGGCUGUGAUGAUGUGAAAAGAGAGAGAACUGAAAUGUCAAGUAAAGCGAUGCCAGACUAUUUUUCUGAGCAACAGGCUAAAGACUUGGCAUGUCAUGUAACCUCAGAUUUAGCAACUAAGGGACCAUGGGACAAAAAGGUCUUUAGAACGUGGGAAAGUUCUGGAGCCACUAACAAUAAAUCGCAGAAAGAAAAACUUUCGCAUGUGCUUGUUCAUGAUGUAAAAGAGCAUCACAAUGGUCACCCUGAGAGUAAGAUUGUUGAUCAAAGGAAUGAAUUUGUGUCUGUGACUGAGAGAGAACACAAAUUGUUAACAAAUGGCUCUCUCUCAGAAAUUAAGGAAAUGACUGUAAAAUCUCCCUCUAAAAAAGUCUUAUAUAGGGAAUAUGUUGUUAAAGAAGGGGAACGUCCAGGUGGCCCUCCUGAUCAGCCUUCCAGAAGAAGCGAGAGCUCCACGGUGUCACACAUCCCAGUCCGGGUCACGGAUGAAAGGAGGAUGCUGUCUUCUAACAUUCCCGAUGGUUUUUGUGAGCAGCCAACAUUUCCAAAACAUGAACUAUCACAAAAGUUACCCCAAUCAAGUAUGAGUAAAGAGACAGUUGAGACACAGCACUUUAAUUCGAUAGAAGAUGAAAAAGUUACCUGUUCAGAGAUCAGCAAAGUUUCCAAACAUCAGAGUUACAUAGGCUUAUGCCCGCCUCAUGAUGAAACUGAAAUCUCACCCACCAAAUCUCCUGACUCUUUAGACUUUAGCCCAGGAAAGGAAUCUCCCUCUAGUGAUGUAUUCGACCACAGCCCCAUUGAUGGAUUGGAAAAAGUUGCACCACUAGCCCAGACAGAGGGAGGGAAAGAGAUAAAAACUUUACCUGUUUAUGUCAGUUUUGUACAGGUGGGGAAGCAAUAUGAAAAGGAGAUACAACAAGGAAGUGUAAAAAAGAUCAUAAGUCAGGAAUGUAAGACAGUACAAGAGACCAGAGGGACCUUUUAUACAACUAGACAGCAGAAGCAACCUCCUUCUCCCCAAGGUAGUCCAGAAGAUGAUACUCUAGAGCAAGUAUCCUUUCUAGACAGCUCUGGGAAAAGCCCUCUAACCCCAGAAACACCCAGUUCAGAGGAAGUGAGUUAUGAAUUUACGUCUAAGACACCAGACUCGCUCAUAGCUUACAUACCAGGCAAACCCAGCCCAAUUCCAGAGGUUUCUGAAGAAUCUGAGGAGGAGGAGCAGGCCAAGUCAGCCUCCUUAAAGCAGACGACAGUGGAAGAAACAACAGUCAAGCUUGAAACACCGGCCAGUGUGAGCAAAGACUCUAACCAAAGGCCCAAAAAUAACAGAGUUGCCUAUAUUGAAUUUCCCCCUCCUCCACCACUGGAUGCAGACCAGAUGGAGUCAGAUAAGAAACAUCAUUAUCUCCCGGAAAGAGAGGUGGACAUGAUUGAAGUCAAUCUGCAAGAUGAGCAUGACAAGUACCAGCUGGCCGAGCCCGUCAUCCGAGUGCAGCCACCUUCACCCGUCCCUCCCGGGGCAGAUGUCAGCGAUUCAAGCGAUGAUGAAUCUAUUUACCAACCAGUUCCAGUUAAAAAAUAUACCUUCAAAUUAAAAGAUACAGACGAUGAGCAAAAAGAAAUGACAAAAUCCAAAACUCCUGAUGAAAAGGCUUCUAAGCAGAAAGAACUGGAAACAAAUGGAUCUGGAAAAGAUCAUGAAUUUGGCCUUGGCCUUGAUUCACCUCAGAAUGAGACUGCUCAGAACGGGAACAAUGACCAGUCCAUCACGGAGUGUUCCAUUGCCACCACAGCCGAGUUUUCUCAUGAUACAGAUGCCACAGAGAUCGACUCUCUGGAUGGCUACGACCUUCAAGAUGAGGAUGAUGGCUUGACGGAGAGUGAUUCGAAACUCCCUAGUCAAACCAUGGAAAUUAAGAAGGACGUCUGGAACACAGAGGGCAUUCUCAAGCCGGCUGAUCGCUCGUUUAGCCAAAGUAAACUCGAAGUUAUAGAGGAGGAAGGAAGGGUGGGCCCAGAUGAGGAUAAGCCACCAUCUAAAAGUUCUUCAUCUGAAAAGACUCCUGAUAAGCCUGACCAGAAGUCGGGGGCCCAGUUUUUCACGCUAGAAGGCAGACAUCCUGAUAGAUCAGUGUUUCCUGAUACGUACUUCAGUUACAAAGUAGAUGAAGAAUUUGCCACCCCUUUUAAAACAGUAGCCACCAAAGGUCUAGAUUUCGACCCUUGGUCUAGUAACCGAGGGGAUGAUGAAGUUUUUGAUGGUAAAUCACGGGAAGAUGAGACAAAGCCAUUUGGUCUGGCAGUAGAAGACCGCUCUCCAGCAACAACCCCUGAUACAACGCCAGCCAGAACGCCAACUGAUGAAAGUACCCCAACUAGUGAGCCUAACCCCUUCCCAUUUCAUGAAGGAAAAAUGUUUGAGAUGACUCGCAGUGGUGCAAUUGACAUGAGCAAGAGGGAUUUUGUUGAAGAGAGGCUCCAAUUUUUCCAGAUUGGUGAGCAUACUUCUGAAGGGAAGUCAGGGGACCAGGGGGAAGGGGAUAAAAGUAUGGUCACUGCCACACCACAACCACAGGCAGGGGACACCACUGUAGAAACCAAUCUAGAGAGAAAUGUAGAGGCACCUACAGCCGAAUCCAACCCCAGCAUCCCGACCAGCGGAGAGUGUCAGGAAGGCACAUCCGGUAGUGGCUCCCUGGAGAAAGCAUCAGCCGCCACUAACACCUCUAAAGUUGAUCCCAAGUUGCGCACGCCUAUAAAAAUGGGAAUUUCUGCAUCCACCAUGACCAUGAAGAAAGAAGGCCCUGGAGAAGUAACAGAUAAGAUAGAAGCUGUGGUGACCAGUUGUCAGGGAUUAGAGAAUGAAACUAUCACAGUGAUUUCAAAUACAGCCAAUAGCCAGAUGGGCACUAGGCCCCAAGAAAAACACGAUUUUCCAAAAGAUAACUUUAAUAACAACAACAAUUUGGAUUCUUCCACCAUACAGACAGAUAACAUUACAAGCAUUAUAGUUCUGACAGAACAUUCUGCACCCACUUGUACCACAGAGAAGGCAAAUCCAGUGAAAAGCUCAUCAGGAAAAAAGACAGGGGUACUGCAAGGACACUGUAUAAGAGAUAAGCAGAAAGUUCUUGGAGAGCAGCAAAAGACAAAGGAAUCAAUAGGGGUUAGGCGAAAAUCCAAACUUCCCAUAAAGGCCACUUCACCAAAAGAUAUCUUUCCACCAAAUCAUAUGCUAAACAAUAAAGUGAGUAAAAUGAAGGUCAGUCAAUCGGAAAAAACUAAAACCGUUGCUUCUUCUUCAUGUGUAGAUGUAAAGUCCAGAAUUCCAGUAAAAAACACACAUAGGGAUAACAUAGUGCUAGUUAGAAAAACAUGUGCCGCACAAAGGCCAGGGCAGUCAGAGAAAGGCAAGGUCAAACAGCUUCCAUCCAAGUUGCCAGUAAAGGUAAGAUCCACCUGUGUCACUACCACCAAUACCACCACCACCACCUCCACCACCACCACCACCACCACCACCACCACCACAGCUAAAGCUAGGAAGAGUCAGCUUAAGGAAGUUUGUAAACAUUCCAUUGAAUAUUUUAAGGGAAUUAGUGGUGAGACCUUAAAGCUUGUGGACCGCCUCUCUGAAGAAGACAAAAAGAUGCAGUCCGAGCUGUCCGAUGAGGAAGACAGUACCUCCAGAAACACGUCGUUGUCCGAGACUUCCCGGGGUGGCCAGCCUUCAGUUACAACGAAGUCUGCUAGAGAUAAGAAAACAGAGGCAGCACCUUUAAAAUCAAAGAGUGAAAAGGCCGGCAGUGAGAAAAGGAGCAGUAGGAGGACUGGUCCACAGAGUCCAUGUGAACGGACAGAUAUCAGGAUGGCAAUAGUAGCUGAUCACCUUGGACUUAGUUGGACAGAACUGGCAAGGGAACUGAAUUUUUCAGUGGAUGAAAUCAAUCAAAUACGUGUGGAAAAUCCAAAUUCCUUAAUUUCUCAGAGUUUCAUGUUAUUAAAAAAAUGGGUUACCAGAGAUGGAAAAAAUGCUACAACUGAUGCCUUAACUUCGGUCUUGACAAAAAUUAAUCGGAUAGAUAUAGUGACUCUGCUAGAAGGACCAAUAUUUGAUUAUGGAAAUAUUUCAGGCACCAGAAGUUUUGCAGAUGAGAACAAUGUCUUCCAUGACCCUGUUGAUGGUUGGCAGAAUGAGACAUCAAGUGGAACCCUUGAGUCCCCCACUCAAGCUCGAAGAAUAACUGGUGGGUUACUAGAUCGACUGGAUGACAGCCCUGAUCAGUGUCGAGAUUCUAUUACCUCAUAUCUCAAAGGAGAGCCUGGAAAAUUUGAAGCAAAUGGAAGCCAUGCAGAAGUUACUGUAGAAGCAAAGAUGAAAUCUUACUUUCCAGAAACCCAAAAUGAUGCAGGGAAACAGAAUGCUAAGGAAUCUCUGAAACCAAAAAUACACGGAUCUGGUCGUGUUGAGGAACCAGUGUCAUCGCUAGCAGCAUAUCAGAAAUCUCUAGAAGAAACCAGCAAGUUUGUAAUAGAAGAACCUAAACCCUGUGUGCCUGUCAGUAUGAAAAAGAUGAAUAGGACUUCUCCUGCAGAUGGCAAGCCAAGGCUUAACCUCCAUGAAGAAGAGGGGUCCAGUGGGUCUGAGCAAAAGCAGGGAGAAGGUUUUAAGGUGAAGACGAAGAAAGAAAUCCGACAUGUGGAAAAGAAGAGCCACUCGUAACAGGAACAGUCAAGGAUCAUGGAAUUUUACUGCCAGUAUUGAGAAAUUUGUGGAAGAUGUCAGCAGGAAGUAUAAAGUCACAGAGGAGGGUGUGUGUAUUUGCUGCUUCCACACAUUAAUGGCAUGAUUUUUUUAUGCAAAAAGGAAAAAAGAAAAAGAAAACUACCCACAUUUUAAUUUAGCAUGAGCCAAUUUACAGAGCAUGGAAAUUCACUUUCAUUCCCAGGAUUGGCACGUGUGCAAAUAGCAAUGCAGUGUAUAUACAAGAAGCCAUGCUGUUAACAGUUUAUCUCAAGUAAUUUGGUGUCAUUUUACAAAAGGAAGAAAUUCCUGCCGUCAGAUGGGACAGAAGGAGAUGGAAUGAUGAUCAAAUCACAGAGAAACACUAAAAUUACUAAAUCCACAACAGCUCUCGCCUUAUUUUUCUUGGACCCAAACUGUCAGGGUAUAAACACUAUUUGUUUCUUUUUUAAAACAUCUAUAGUUUUGCUGUAAAUAAUAACACUGUAUAAAUUCUAACAGAAAAAUAGAAUAAAUGUUGAUAAGGCACUGCCUCUUAGAACACAAACAGAAUAUUGCAAAUGCAUUUAACAUAAUAGGGUCUCGAGUGACUUCACUAGAAGAGGAGGGAGGGGUUUGGGAUGGGGGGAUCUUCACUGAUUCUUGUAUAUUAGCAAUUAUAAUGUUUGUAUAUGCAAAACUGCUAGCUUGAUUUUAAAAAAAAAAAAAAACUUUAAAAUCUGCUGCAAAUUUAAAUAAUUCCCAAAAUGAGGAAUUCUGUAGUUCUGUGAAAAAAUUUUUCUUCAGAAUACUAAUAUUUUGAUGCAUGUGUAUCACCUUAUUUUGAUUAAAUCUUUUCCAAUUUUGCAAACACUACAGUAUACUGCAACACAGAAGAUUUUAUCUGUAAACACAAAGCCCUUCAUCUAAUAUUUGUUGCUAUUGCCAAUUUUUCAAUGAAAUGACCUAAAAAUGAAAAAAAAAAAACUGAAUACAGUAGUUGCUUUAGGGGGUGGGGGGAUGCUAUCUGUUAGUGCUUAAAAGGGGGUAAUGCUUGCCGCUUUAGAGGUGGAUGGUGCUCAUAGGAGGCCCCCUUUGGGGGUAAUUAAAAUGGACUGAACAGAAAUCCUUAGCUAGUAGAAUGGCAGCACGCUGUAAAAUUAAUACUGUAUCGUGUACUGGCUAUAAGAUGUAGACACCUUUCAGUAAGCCAAUCAUUUGUAACCAUUCUAGCAGUGUCAUAUUAGGUUAAUAAGGCUGCUGUGUUUUUAAGGGCAUUUUUAUUUGGGUUUUGGUGAAAUUCUUUAAUUUGUUGAUUCUAUUCAUAUAAAAUCAGCAUUCAUUGAUACAUAGCUCUAAUGACAUAUGUAUGAAAAACCAUACACUGGAUGACCUAGUCAAUUAUUUAAGCAUAAAAUAAAUUGUGUUAAACUCUUCGCCCGUCUGUGCUCUACAGUGUCCUGUGUUCUCUGGCUAAAGGUGAUUGUCUGACCCUGUCACAAUGAGCCCUGCCUGGCCCAGUCCUCUUCCUGCCUUAGCCUGAGUGGUCACAGAGGGAGAUAGACACUCCUAAGCAUUCAAUUCUUCCUUGCACUACUCCAAUUUACAUAAAUUCUGUGCAUUUUGUGGAAAAAUUGACAAUUAAAAUCUGCAAGCAAACUUUGACACAUCUGGUUGGGCUGCUCCCCAAAAGAGGGGAAUUAGGGUUUUAACAGCUGGCCAGUCUAAAAGUUAUUCUUUGGCAUCUCCAAGAACCACUCUUUUUGAAGUGGCUUUUAACCCAUAAAGUAUUUGUUGCUUUUUAAACUAACAUUCAUUGUCAGUGCUCCUAAGUCUGCAGAUU